GUGUUCCAGCAUGCGCUCACACUCAUUGUCUGGGGCAUCAGGGUGUUAGGGGAUUAUGGAAAGGUGUUGACUCAGGUGUGUGUGUGUGUGUGUGUGUGUGUGUAUGCCGGCAACAUUUCUCUCGCGUGCUCCCCCUGUCUCCUCACCCAGCCUUGCCAUGUCCCUCCUCUGCGUUGACUGAACGUCAAGAAUGGAUAUCGGGGGGCUGACCACCGUGGUGGCAAAUUCCGCCUACAUCAACGCCCGCGGGAGCAUUGACGGAUCCAAUUCGGCGGUGACCCGGGACAAGAAGUACCACUCCCGCCUGAAGCUGCCUCACAUCACGGUCUGUGAGGAACUGAGGGACACCUUGAAUUUGGGCUUUGACGACGUCUGCGUGGAGCAGCCCAUCGGCAAACGCCUCUUCAGGGAGUUCCUGGAUGCCAACAAAGAGUAUCACGGCGCCUGUCGUCUCUGGCGGGACAUCGAGGACUAUGACCUGGCGGAGGACUCAGACCGAGUCAAGAAGGCCUCCAAGAUCGUGCAGCGCUACAUGGACCCCUCGGCCAAACACUUUUGCCCGUUCCUCUCUGAGGCCACCAUAGCUAGGGUGAAGGAGACCCAGGACGCCGCUGGGGACGACUUGUUCACGGCGACUUUGACCACAACGCUGGACUAUUUGCGAGAGGCACCCUACGCUUUCUUCCUGGAGAGCAUGUACCUGAAGAGGUUCCUCCAGUGGAAGUGGCUGGAGAUGCAACCUAUGGACGUGGACUGGUUCCUGGACUUUCGCGUGCUCGGAAAAGGAGGCUUUGGUGAGGUGUCGGCGUGUCAGAUGAAAGCCACGGGAAAACUUUACGCCUGUAAGAAACUCAACAAGAAGAGGCUGAAGAAAAGGAAAGGCUAUGAGGGGGCGAUGGUGGAGAAGAGGAUCCUGGAGAAGGUCCACAGUCGCUUCAUUGUGUCGCUGGCGUACGCUUUCCAGACAAAGGAGGAGCUUUGUCUUGUCAUGACCAUCAUGAACGGAGGAGAUCUCAAGUACCACAUCUACUUGGUGGAUGAGAACAACCCGGGCUUCGACGAGCCCAGAGCUUGUUUUUACGCCGCACAGAUCAUCCAAGGCUUGGAGCAUCUUCACCAGAAGAGAAUUAUCUACAGGGAUCUCAAACCUGAGAACGUUCUCCUCGAUAACGACGGAAACGUACGCAUAUCUGAUCUGGGCCUCGCCGUGGAGUUGAAAGAGGGCAAAACCAUGACUAAAGGCUACGCUGGAACACCAGGGUACAUGCCUCCAGAGAUGCUGAAAGGAGAGAAGUACGACAUGUCAGUGGACUACUACACUCUGGGAGUGACCUUGUUCGAGUUCAUUGCAGCCAAGAAUCCAUUCAGAAACCGAGGGGAGAAGCUGGAACGUGAGGAGAUGAAAGAGCGAGUGCUGACCCGCCCGGUGGUCUACACGGACAGCUUCAGUGACAACGCCAAGUCCCUGUGCAGCGCGCUGCUGGCUAAAGAAGUGGAGAAGAGGAUGGGCUUCAAGAACGGGAGCUGUGACGAGAUCAGGGCGCAUCCUUUCUUUCGUGACAUCAACUGGAGGAAGCUGAACGCAGGCAUCCUACCUCCUCCGUUCGUCCCUGACCCCAAAGUGGUGUACGCUAAAAGUCUGGACGACGUCGGCGCCUUUUCCUCGGUCAAGGGAGUGGCCCUGGAGGACCCGGACAAGAGCUUUUUUGACGAGUUCUCCUCGGGCAACAUCCCCAUCCCUUGGCAGGAGGAGAUGAUCGAGAUGGGAAUUUACGGGGAGCUGAACUUGUGGGGCCCUGAAGGCAGCGUCCCCAACGACCUGCGCAGGGAGUCCAUACUAGAGCAGCCCAAGUCCUCUACCUGCUGCGUCUCCUAAUAACCUCGCUCAGGACCGCCGCCUUCGGACUUUGGGGCAUCGCAGGAGAGGCGUGGAGGGCCCAUCUCUCACCGCUAUCCUUUCCUCUUUCUUCUCAAUAUUUCUCCCAAUUUCUUCUUCCCAUUACUGUAAAAUAUUUACUUUCCUUAGUUAUUCCUCUACUGUACUCUUUACUAUACUCUUUGCAACUAUGAAGGCUGCGUUCACACCUUUCACGUUUGCUUUGGUUCAACAACAGUAACAACACUGUAUUUGCGCUGCUGACAUUAUUCAUUUGGCAAAUUAGGAACUCCUUCAUCUGAGUCCUAAUGUGCACUAAGCAAGUGGACCGAGACCACUUGCAAGUAAACUCUGCUGCGGUUCGGCGAAAUUGAGUCCUAUACGGACCAAGAUAUGGACCAGUGGUGCGAUAACACAUCUAGGAGAAUAUGUAUUCUCUCUCUCUUGCUCUUGUUCUUUCUCCUUCCCUCUCUCUUUCUCUCUCUCUCUCUCUCUCUCUUGUAUUUCUAUCCUUCUUGAGACGUCAAGGAAAAGUACCGUCAAUAUGAGGACAGGUGAACACGUUAGGACCGAAAUCAUGGUCCCAAUAUGGAAAACCAUUGCAUCUAAUAGAGAAUAUCUCAUUUGCACCUAUGGUGGUGAAAUAUAUCAAAAUUAGGGCGGUCCCAAAAAGGAGGGAUUUUUCAAAUUGACUGCGUGACUGUUUUAAACGUGCUCCCCCUCUGGUCAACAUAUGAAAUAACAAGUGUGUGUAAGAAAUUAGAAUGCGCUCCCCUUGGCCAAAAUUAAUGAAAAAAAAAAAAGUAUAUAGAUACAUACUGCAAUAACUUGAGGUAAAUAAUAAAGGUUAAAAACCAAUUGCAAAAAAAAAAAAUACAAAACACACCUAGAAUACAAAACUUUAUAGAUCUAGAAAGGGUGGUCCUAAAGAGGUAGGCAGUUUUCGGAAGUCUCAUGAAGGUAACAAUUACAAGUGUGUUGUGUGUUGUGUUGUGUGUGUUGUGUGUGUGUGUGUGUGUGUGUGUGUGUGUGCAGGCAUACGUGCGUCUACCGUUCGUGAGACAUCAACAAGGAAAAGUACUUUUCAUAUGAGGCCCGGUGAACAAGUUAGGACCGAAAUCAUGGUCCCACUACGGAAAACCAUUGGAUCUAAUAGAGAGCCAAAUACUACAGUCUGUGAACAUUGCUCCAAAGUCAGGAUUUUUUGGUUGAUUUAAUGUGCAUACAAAAGUAAACAUAGACAAGUGCAAAGGCAGCAAUAUAUGAUAAAACAAGAUAGCAGCUAAAGGAGGACUUCCCUAUGCUCCAAUUUCGUUGUUCUUUGAA